CACCGCGCUGAAUGUCAAAGGAAUGUGUGUGGCUCAAUACCUAAAGAGCGCCCUACCUAGACAGUAUUCGUAAACGUCACAGGCGCGCGCAACAUUUUGGCAAUUUGAGAAUCUAUGAAUCGACACGCGUCUACGACAGACAAAAACGCUGUUCACUAGGUAGUCAGCAUUCUAGGUUUUGGGACACACUCAUGCUGUUCAAAGCACCGUGUGCUGCUCCGCGCUGCUCAGUCUGACAGCCACACCUCAUCGAUUAAGAUCUGAUCAAUACUAAAAGUCAUCUAACUAUCGGAAACUAACUGGAGACUUUUAACAGCAUGGCUCAAUCUGCGGACGGAAAUAUAGAAAGCAAACAGAAUGCUGCGAAACCGCUUUAUCAGCGCUAUUUAGUGUCUUUUCCAACCAUAGUGUGUUUAGUGUUAUCGCUGAGUUCAAUAGCGGUGUGUUUUCUCAUGACUUUCAAAACGCAUCAGAUGGAGAGCAGGCUGCGCGAGCUGGAGAUAAAGAUGACGGACAUCUGUCAAGAAGCAUCCAAGGACGUCUCUGUUCCACAGGAACUGCGGAAAUCCCUUGAAACACUCUUACAGGAGAGGGUGAAUGAAGCGAUGCCAAAGUUGCGUGUGGCGAGAGACGUGACACAAGACUGCAACUGUCCUCCAGGUCCUCCUGGGAAACGUGGACGGAUGGGCAGAAGAGGCGACCCUGGACCCCCAGGCAAACCUGGGCGAGACGGUUACCCGGGUCCACUCGGUCUGGAUGGCAAACCUGGUAUUCCUGGACCUAAAGGAAGCCAGGGGCUGCCAGGACCAAAAGGAGAUAAGGGUGAUCAAGGAGAUACUGGGCCAAGGAUGGUCUUUCCUCGUUACGAUCACAGCUACAUCUCGGCCGAUCAGCCCAGUUUCCAGAGGCGUAUGCUGAAGGGUGAUCAAGGACAAGCUGGCCCACCUGGACCUCCAGGCCCUCCUGGAGCACCCGGUGCAAGAGGGCCCCCAGGAAACACAGGGAAGGACGGUCCCCGCGGCCCACCGGGAGAAUCGGGUGCUCCUGGACAAGAAGGAAUGGAGGGACAAAGAGGUCUACCAGGAAAACCGGGUGAAGUUGGUGAUCAGGGUUACCCAGGACCACAGGGACCCCCAGGGCCAAAGGGUGAGCAGGGAGAGCCAGGUCCUCAGGGUGACCGAGGAACCGAUGGUCUGCCAGGCUUGAAGGGAGAUGUUGGAGAACAAGGGCCCCAGGGUGAACCGGGCCGCCCUGGUGAAAAAGGCACAUCAGGAUCCGGUGAUAUCAUUGACUUCAAUGGCAAACUCUUAGAUGCCUUUCAGGCCAUCAAAACCAUCAGUGUCUCGGGACCACCUGGCCCUCCUGGACCCCCGGGACCACCCGGAAAAGAAGGUUCAAAGGGUGAACUUGGCUUGCCUGGCCCUGCUGGGGUUGAUGGCGAAACGGGUGAAAAGGGAGACACUGGGGAGCCUGGUGAACCUGGAGACAGGGGGGAGAAAGGAGAAAUGGGCCUCUCUGGUCCCUCUGGAAUUGAUGGGCAGAAAGGAGAGAAAGGAGAGUCUAUACUAGAAGACAAUCUGGUUCAGAUGAUUUCACAGCCUGGACCACCAGGGCCUCCAGGUCCACCAGGACCACCUGGAUACAUGGGUCAUCGUGGCUUGUCAGGCCCCAAAGGUGAUCCAGGGGAGAGUAUUAAAGGAGAGAAGGGAGAAACUGGUGCUGCAGGAAUACAAGGCCUUCAUGGUCCUCAAGGGCCCCCAGGAGCAACAGGAUUAGUUGGUCUUCCCGGCACAAAGGGUGAAAAGGGAAAACAAGGGGAACCUGGAUUAGAUGGUUUUCCUGGCAUUAAGGGAGACAGGGGUGACCGUGGAGAGAAAGGAGAAUGGGGAGAUCGUGGACCUGUUGGAAAGAGAGGGCUCAAGGGAAAGAAAGGCGAACAGGGGCCGCCGGGUCUGGACCAGCCCUGUCCCGUGGGAGCUGAUGGAUGUAAAAAAGAGGCAGUGGAAACGGGGCAGCCGGCCCCUGAGGCCCCCUGCCCACUGGGUCCUGAUGGACUUCCAAUAGCAGGUUGCUGGCACAAGGAACAGGGAAUGCUUCAGAAACUCAAGAGGAAACAUCUCUCCCAGCCUUGAUUGUCUUCAAGACCCCGAGGAGUUUAAAUGACUUUACAGUCCCUCAAGUGACGGCAUCUCAAUAAUAUUGGUUAAUAUUGACUGUCCUCAGUAUGCAGGUCGAAUGAGGGUGCAGACAGCCCUCGCUAUGGUCAAUAUUUUUCAUGGAGGAACAUAGUUGAGCUCUUGGAGAUGAUAAGAGAUCAAGGAUUGGCCUCAUGGAUGCAGUUGCUCCACAAGACAGCAACAGCAGCCUGAUAUCUUUGGCAUCGGAGAUGAUACUGAACAGAUCCUUAUUUUGAGAAUAUCAAUGAACAGUAAUUUAUAAUGAUUUAUUUCUUGUGUUACUGUUUUAUGCUUGUUUUUUUGUAGUUUUUAACCCGCAAGCAAAAGCACAAAGCAUCUGGAAUUGACGCCCAAAGACUAACUUUGGAUGGCGAGCAUUUACUUAUUAAUGCAUAAAUCAUUGAUAACAAAAUAAACACUACAUCUGUUUUAAAUUAGCGCAGCAUAUAGUGAGUGAGAAUAGAAUGUUAUAUCGUACCUGUUUAUUUACUACUGCAUCUACAUGUUGGUCACAUUUGUUGUGAUACUUCGAGAUAGAGUAUAUGUUGACUGUGACUACCUGCCGUUGUUUUUAACAUCACAAUCCUUGAUACGUAUUCCAUAUUAUUGUUCAUAGUAAUUUAUGAUAUAUAUACUGAAGUGCUUUUUGAAGAUGGCCAAAACUGGAGGUGUUUUCAUAGCCUCAGUUCAGCCAUUAUGAGGACUCAAGUUUAAGGCUGUUUUUAUGUUUGACAAAGUAUUGCUCUAUUAUCUUUCAUGGCAUGAAAGCAUAGAAAACAUUAGAGAUUCCAUUUUAUCGGUCUCAUUUUCGUUCUUUGGCUUUCCAAGAUUUAACACAGAGAAAAAACAUCCAGAAGAGAUGUUUUUUUAAGGCAUUUUAGCAUGUUCAGUAUACAUUUCCAUGAUGGUGUACCCUCUUUCAGGGAUUUAAAACCAUUCUACAUAAGCUUUUCUGAAAUAUUUAUUGUUCGUAUUAAAUAACUGGUGGUCAGAUCAUGUAAAAGUUCUUAUAAUGCAUAUAUGUUACAGAUAAUGCAUUUGAAUUUUUAUAAGCCUGUCUUUGGUGUUAAAUGGCUGACAAAAUGUUGCUAUGUUACUAUGUUGUGAUUUACAUAACUGUAAAAAAAAAAAUUUGAUUGACCAACAGCAUUAUAGCACCGUUUUAGAAACAAAACAGAAUGGGAGGACAUUUUCGGAACAUUUUAUUGCUUAACUUUUUGUUUUUCCUUUGAA